UUCAAAUGCUAUGUCUCGGCGCGGUGAGCGCUUGUCCGAAGUGAACGGGUGACAUUGGAUGCAGCUUGAGGAUGCACAUGCAUACAAUAUACAACAAUAUUCUUUUGAAUAUAGUCUUAUGACAGCCAGAGACCGAACACGUGAUUUUAUGACGAAGACCAUCUUCCCAAUCUGCUUCCGACGGUAUUGCUCCCUUACCACAGGCGCCCACCAUGAUCCUCCUCGAGUCUCAAAACGUCAUCAUUGAGAAUACUCUCACAGAAAAAUUUCAAAAGCCAUCUGCACUAGACGUCCAAUUCGUUGAUUAUGACGGUGUUCGCUUCCACUUGUCGACACCCGAACGCAAGACGCUCCUCCUCUUGUCCAUGAACAUCCGUUGCUGGGAGGAAUUGGUUAAAUACGGCGCACAAGACCUCAUUCAGCGCGAAUACGGCAAGUGGAUCGCGCCGUCCGUAGAACCAGAAUACAAUGUGUCCCUGCAGUUCGACACAGAGAAAGUACCAGAGGGAGACGAGCGUGAAGCUCUCAUCCACUCCGUUGCCCUCAUCAAGCGUAACGCACUUGCCGCUCCCUUUGAGCGCGCAUUCCUGAAACAAUACGAGCUGGAGUCUAUCCCUGCGCCUAUUGAUGGGUCUGCUAGACCAGAGGCCGAGCUCAUGCAAAUCCAUUACCGCGACGAGGAAGCGAUCUACAUGAGAGCGAGCCAUGAUCGCGUCACUGUGAUAUUCUCAACCUUGUUCAAAGAAGAGACGGAUCGUAUAACUGGACGCGUAUUCCUCCAGGAAUUCGUCGAUGCGCGACGCCUCCCCUCCAUCCAGAAUGCGCCACAGGUUCUCUACAGUAACCGUGAGCCACCACUGGAGAUUCGACACUUGUCGGGAUUAAAAGAUUCGGAAGAUGUUGGAUAUGUAACCUUUGUCCUCUUCCCUCGUCACUUUUCCACUCCCGAUACAGCAGCCUCCACCAUAUCUCGCAUCCAAUUAUUCCGCGACUACCUCCAUUAUCACAUCAAAUGCUCGAAAGCGUACAUGCACAGUCGGAUGCGUCAUCGUGUGACGGAGUUCUUGAAGGUACUCAACAGGGCGAAGAUGGAAACAUCUGGAGAGAAGGAUCGCAAGACUAUCACUGGCCGUUCACUACGCUCCUUCAGAUAGAAAUCAUGCCACUCAGAUGUGCCGGAGUCGUCGUUUGAAUGUUAUGUUGUGCAAUGCUGCAUGUCCGCAAGGGACGGGGGAUAUCAUCAUGUCUAUGUUAUCUAGUGAUCUUCCAUCUCCUCGUCUGUGAUGACGUUGCGUGCAACGUGCACAUCAACACCUUUCUGGGUAUACGCUUCACAAAUUUCCAGGAUGGCCUUGCCGACGUGUUCAAAGUCAGAUAGCUCUGUCCAGAUUUGAGCGCUGCAUCGAACCCAGCAUUUCUUAUCGUGGAAGUAGAUACCCGCGAAGCAGUUGUAUUUAUCAAGUAAAGUGUUGUUGAAGUUCGAGAGUAACCCGCCGAGCUGCUCACCACUGAAGCGCGAGAUGUCGAGUGGUACCAGCACGUUUGUCAUAUUGGCCGUUAAUUCCCCGGUCUCAUCCAGUACUCGAGUGCCCAAUACCGAUGCCAAAUGUUGGCCCCCUUGAAUGGCCAUACUAUGACAAUAAUCGUUGAUCUUUUUCUCCCCUCCAAUGGCCUCGCGGAAGUUCAGGGCAGAGUCUAUGCUCAAGAAUGGUAUCAUGUCAAUGGUACCUGUCCAUUCAAACAAUCGUACAAAACGAGCAGGUCCGUCGAGCUUUGGAGGAGGAUCGUCAGGGGAUACAUAACCGAUCGAGACGGGGAGAGUGAUUUUGAUAAUAUCUUGGUUCCUAUGAGGAACAUAAAGAACGGCAGACCCUCUCUUGGAAUAGAGCCACUUGUGACAGUUAGAAAUCCAGAAAUCAGGCUGCGCAGACGCCAGGUCUACUGAUACUUGACCUAUUAGGUGGGCACCAUCGAUCAAGCUCAGAACAUCGUAUUCCUUGCAGAUAUUGCACAUGGACUCCCAAGGCAUUAUAACGCCAGGCACGCUCACUAUCCCGUCGAGGAUACAAAGGACGGUCUGACCAUCAUGUCUUGGGAUAGAUGCGAGUUCCUGUCUGAACAUCGACAGAAGGUCGACAUGUCGCAUAGGAUAAGUCAAAGUAAUAAUCUUCAGUGACAGGCCUCGGUUACGAUCACGCAUAGCCCGCAGUGUGCUUCCAACAGCCCCG